CACGAACGUAUUUUAACCGUGAUACACUGAAUACUGAUACUGUCUUAGAGGACCGAAACAGCCAGAAGUCGUGAACAUCACUACAUUCAGUAGUUAUUAGUUUUACAUUUUUACAUUUUUAUCGUGGUGUUUCUGUAUUCAAACUUCAAACGCAAUUCGUAUUUCGUCCAUAACAGGUAGAUGAACAUUUUUUUUUUUUUUUUAACAUCGGUGUCCGUUUCCAAAGGCUCUGUCAAAGUCAAAGGACAUAGUCUCAUCCUCAUGAUAGACAUCUCCGGUGUUAUGCAGUGAAAAAUGUCGAACAAUAUUUCAAUAUACAAAUUCAAACCAUUUCAGUUCUCAAUAUUGAAGAAAAAUCAUGAUCCACAGCAACGUCCAUUGGCAAGAAGUGGACAUCGUGUAGUGUGCAAUAAUGCCUAUUUGUUCUCGUAUGGAGGUUUUAACCCUCAAACAAAUGAUGUUUUGCUUCGUAAUCGAGUGUCAUCUGCCAUGCGGGAGCUUUGGAAGUAUUGUUUUGAUUUAGGAGAAUGGAAAAUAAUUAAGUGUAACAAUGUACCUCAAGAAUUAGCAUCUAGUUCAGUUACAUUAUCUGGUAACAUAAUCAUUAUAUAUGGAGGUACUGGAGUUCCAUUUGGAGCAUUUUGUAGCAAUCGCAUGUACUUGGGAAAUUUAGCCAAUGAGUAUAAAGAAAAUGGAAUGAGUUUUGAAGAGUUAGAAGUGUCUGGAGAUGUUCCAUUACCAUUAUAUGGACAAGGUGUCGUAAUGGAUGGUAAAUAUAUUUAUUCAAUUGGUGGCACAUCUGGUUACGAGUAUGAGAUGGAUGUUCAUCGAUUUGAUUUGAGUACAAGAAAAUGGGAGUUGUUACAUAAGUCACUCGGAGAAGGUCAAGAACCUGAACCUAGAUAUCGACAUGAAGUGGUAUUCUAUAAGGGUAGAAUAUACAUAUUCGGCGGAGGACGUGGUGGUGCUAGAAAUAUUUACUAUGGUUUUUCGAAAAUCCAUAUGUUUGAUUUGGCCACUAGACAGUGGCAAUUUCUUCCGGCCAAACAUGACCACAGGGUACCAAAACCUGGUUAUCCCAAUAACCGAAGCUGCCAUAGCUGUGUUCAAUGUCCCGAGAAUUCUAAUUUGGUGUAUAUAUGUGGUGGUUUUGAUGGCUUCCAAUCCUUCAAAGAUGUUUGGCGUUUUGAUUUCGACACCUUACAGUGGGAAAAACUCACAAAGUGUAUUAUGCCUCGGCCGGUAUACUUUCAUUCUACUGCUGUAACUCCUUCUGGUCGUAUGUGUUGUUAUGGUGGCAUAGUUUCUGAUGACGAUGUAGAUGCUAGAGGUGGCCGUUCAAAUGAUAUUACUAGUGCAUGGAUUAUAAUACCCAAAUUGAAAAUCAUAUGUUGGGAAGCAAUGGUUUACUAUUUCAAAGAUCAGAUGUUUGAAUCUAGUGAUGAGAAUUUAAAGAAAAUUGGUUUACCUCAAGAAUUCUAUGAACGAAUAAUUGAAGCACGAAGAAUUUGUUAAAUUAAAUUGAUUUCAAAAAUACAUUUCUUCAUUAAAGUUAUUUAGAACAUUAAUGUUGUUGAUAUUAUAUGAAUAUUGAAUAUUUUUGAUGAAUUUAUAAAAUCUUGUAUGGUUUUUAAUGUCAAUUGUAUUGUAUUACACCAUUAUGAAAUUUAUCAAAAAAUGGUUUUGAAACCAUAAUAUAUAUAGGUAAUCUAAUGUUUAAAACAUUAUUACAAUUUUGAUUAUUGUUCUUUUUUAUUUUAGUUUUAAGAAUUAAAAAAAAAAAUUGCUAGAUAUAAAUUGUAAUUUGUAAAAAUCUGACUUAAGUUGGCUAACUCAUCAACAUUAUUAUUGUAAUUUUAUUUUUAACAUAAGUAUUUAAAACUAUUAUGGUUGAUGUAUUCUUAUAUGUAUAAUAAUAAAAUUGAUUUCCAAAAAUUCAUAA